AUGCCCAGCAUCGAGAGCGGUGACGGCUCCUACGGACAGGAGCUGGCUGUAGUGGAGGAUAUCGUGAGCACGGAGCUCCAUCAGUACAUUAGUCACGGGAGUAUGCAAGAGGCUGAACACCAGAGCGGCCAUCUGGCAGCAGAUCCAACACCGCGAGUUAAGUUUGCGCACAAGGAUCGUCGCGCACUGGUUCUGGAGUUGGGCGAUCUGUGUUUUCCGCCGUGGGUUGACCGAUUUAGCACGUUGCAACUCUCCCGACUCGACAUGCGCCUCCUCGAACACCACGGCAAUCUCGGUAUUGCGCACACGAAAGACUAUGACGCGUCUGAGAUCCCCCCCUACGCCAUCUUGUCACACACCUGGGAGGACGGCCAGGAAGUCACCUUUGAAGACAUCAGAGAUCGGGAAUCCCGCCGAAAGUCCAAAAAAGGUUGGCGCAAAAUCGCCUUCUGUGGAAAGCGAGCAGCCAAGGACGGAUUACGACACUUUUGGAUCGACAGCUGCUGCAUCGACAAGACCAACGAGGAGGAGCACCACGGCGCAAUAAACUCCAUGUACGAGUGGUACCACAAGUCUAGCGUGUGUUACGCCUACCUCACGGACGUCACAUCAAUCCACGACCUGCCGCACAGCCGAUGGUGGACCAGAGGAUGGACCUUGCAAGAGCUUCUUGCGCCCCGCUGCGUCUUGUUCUUCAAUCGCAGCGGUGACUGUCUGGGCGACAAGGACUCCCUCGAGGACCUCAUAGUCAGGCGUACUUCUAUUCCGCCCAACGCCUUGCGCGGGUAUCCGUUCCAAUCUUUCGACAUCGAGCAGCGGCUGUCGUGGAUCGGCGACCGACAGACAAAAUAUCCCGAAGAUCUCUACAACUGUCUGCGAGCUGACAGGCAAUCCAGCUCAAGUGCCUUUACACCGUCGGUCUUCAUUUCCGGUACCUCCGUGCCGCCACCACGGGGCGCCAUAUCCAGCUGCUCCCCAAUCAACGCCAAUACCACAGCCAUGUUCACCGGCUAUUGCCAACUACGCGCCAAAUUUCGUAGUCACUCUGGAUGA